AUGUCAGCCAAACUGCUCCAGCUCUGCGGAAUGAAACCUUUGCGUCUCGACGGUGAGGCCGUGGUGGAUUUUCUGAUUCACGGGGCUCGUAACGGCACUGACAGAGCCGCCGGACCCCUGCCUGGAUCCACAGUCACGUUACUGCUGCUGUUUAUCUUCCUGCUGCUGGCCAUCAGACAUCACCAGACAGACACGUCUCAUAUACCCGGUCCUUGUUUUCUUCUGGGUCUGGGGCCUCUGUUGUCUUACUGUCGGUUCAUCUGGUGCGGGAUCGGAACAGCCAGCAACUACUACAACUCCAGAUAUGGAGACAUGGUGCGGGUGUGGAUCAACGGUGAGGAGACUCUCAUCCUGAGCAGGUGCUCUGCUGUGUACCAUGUGCUGAAGAGAUCUGUGUACACCUCGCGCUUCGGCAGUAAACUGGGUCUGCAGUGUAUCGGGAUGCACGAACAGGGCAUCAUAUUCAACUCCAAUGUCACACUCUGGAGGAAGAUACGCACCUUCUACGCCAAAGCUCUAACAGGUCCGGGUCUUCAGAGGACUUUGGAGAUCUGUACAUCUUCCACAAACACACACCUGGAUGAUCUGUCUCAGCUGACAGAUGCUCACGGACGGGUGGACAUUCUGAAUUUGCUUCGCUGUAUUGUGGUGGACAUCUCUAACAGACUCUUCCUGGGAGUUUCUCUCGACGAGCGAGAUCUGCUUCAGAAGAUCCAAAACUAUUUCGACACCUGGCAGAGGGUUCUUAUCAAACCUGACGCGUACUUCAGACUGGACUGGCUGCACAGAAAACACACACAUGAAGCUCAGGAGCUGCAGGAUGCCAUCGCGGCACUAAUAGAAAAGAAAAGAUGUCAGCUGUCACAGGCCGAGAAACUCGAGCACCUGGACUUCACUGCAGAGCUGAUAUUCGCUCAGAGUCACGGCGAGCUGAGCGCGGAGAACGUCAGACAGUGUGUGUUGGAGAUGGUGAUCGCGGCUCCAGAUACUCUGUCGGUCAGUUUAUUCUUUAUGCUGCUGUUACUCAAGCAGAAUCCAGACGUCGAGCUGAAGAUCCUGGAGGAAAUACACACCGUUUUAGCUGACAGAAGCCUUCAGCACUCAGAUCUCUCCAGGUUUCAUGUUCUGGAGCGUUUUAUCAACGAGUCUCUUCGGUUUCAUCCGGUCGUGGACUUCACCAUGCGGCGAGCGCUGGCUGAUGAUGUCAUUGAGGGUUACAGAGUGAAGAAAGGGACAAACAUCAUAUUAAACACGGGCCGGAUGCACAGAUCUGAAUUCUUCCCCAAACCAAACCAGUUCAGUCUGGACAACUUCCAGAAAAAUGUGCCGAGUCGUUUCUUUCAACCAUUCGGUUCAGGCCCUCGUUCUUGUGUGGGAAAACACAUCGCCAUGGUGAUGAUGAAGUCGAUUCUGGUGACGCUGUUGUCACGGUUCUCUGUGUGUCCUGUGAAGGGCUGUACUGUUGACAACAUCCCUCAAACCAACAACCUCUCCCAACAGCCGGUGGAGGAGACGCCUUCAGCUCUCAGUGUUCAGCUCAUCCUGAGAAACUCUGUCUGA